AUGACCGACACUCAAGUUACAGAUUGCAUCAAGCAUCUCAAAUCCGGGCAGGUGAUUCCAGAUGUUAUCCCAGCCUCUAGCACUUUCGCUCCAAACAUAUUUUUUUCUGUCGUGUGGCCUUCCAAUGGAACAGAAGUAAAGGUUCCAGGUUCCACGGUCCCGCGCGAUGCGACGAUCAAUGAACCUCGAAUCAGACUUCUCCCGACCUUCGUUUCCAAUGACGAGGCUCGCUAUACUCUGGUCAUGACAGACCCCGACGCCCCUUCCAGAAAAGAUCCGAAAUUUGGUCAAUGGAGACAUUGGAUAGUUUCCGGUCUCAGUUUACCUACUGUGUCAGCCAGCAGUCCCCAAGGAGAAAUUAUAGCGAAUUCAGGACUUACUAUCACCCCAUAUUACCCCCCUGAACCUCCUGCAGGUUCUGGCCUUCACAGAUAUGUAUUCCUGCUUUUCAAAGAGCCACCAGAAGGGGUUUCGAUUCCAGACAAUGCGAUAGAACGCAAAGCUGAACCUGGUAGUCGGUCGAAAUGGGAUGCUAUGAAGUUUGCACAUCAGUGUAAGCUCAAAUUAGUCGGUGUCAAUUUCUUUGAAACGGAGGUCAAUGCACACGUUUGA